AUGCUCCCACAGCUCAUAAGGAUUCUAUAUGUCUUGUCUUUUAGCUUUUUUCAUGGUGGCUUUAUCAGACUGGGCUCCUGUAAAGAGGAGAUAAAGUCCCCCAGUAGGACAGUCCCCUCCUCGCAGUCGCCGUCUGACUUCCUGGACAAGCUCAUGGGGAAAAGGUCUGGCUAUGACGCUCGCAUCAGACCCAACUUCAAAGGUCCGCCUGUGAAUGUCACCUGCAAUAUCUUCAUCAACAGCUUUGGGUCCAUCACAGAAACGACUAUGGACUACAGGCUCAAUGUGUUCCUACGGCAAAAAUGGAACGAUCCCCGAUUGGCUUACCAGGAGUACCCGGACAACUCCUUGGACCUGGAUCCCUCCAUGUUGGACUCCAUCUGGAAGCCUGACCUGUUCUUCGCUAACGAGAAGGGGGCUAACUUUCAUGAGGUCACCACUGACAACAAACUGCUGCGGAUAUUCCAAGAUGGGAGCGUACUAUAUAGCAUCAGGCUGACUCUCAUCCUGUCCUGCCCUAUGGACUUGAAGAAUUUCCCCAUGGAUAUUCAGACCUGUACCAUGCAGCUUGAAAGCUUUGGGUAUACCAUGAAUGAUCUGAUCUUCGAGUGGUUGGCAGAGAACCCGGUGCAGGUGGCUGAUGAUCUGACACUCCCUCAGUUCGUGCUGAAAGAUGAGCAGGAUCUGGGAUACUGUACCAAGCACUACAAUACAGGUAAAUUCACCUGCAUCGAGGUUAAGUUCCACCUGGAGAGACAGAUGGGCUACUACCUGAUCCAGAUGUACAUCCCCAGCCUGCUCAUUGUCAUCCUGUCCUGGGUCUCCUUCUGGAUCAACAUGGAUGCUGCCCCAGCUAGAGUGGGCCUGGGCAUCACCACCGUGCUCACCAUGACCACCCAGAGCUCUGGGUCCCGGGCCUCUUUACCCAAGGUGUCCUACGUGAAGGCCAUUGACAUCUGGAUGGCCGUGUGCUUGCUGUUCGUGUUCGCUGCGCUGCUCGAGUAUGCAGCAGUCAACUUUGUCUCGCGGCAACACAAGGAGUUUAUCAGGCUGAGGAAGAAGCGGCGGCGGCAAAGAAUAGAAGAGGAAUUGGUGAGAGACAGCCGUGGGUUUUACUUCCGCGGCUACGGACUGGGUCACUGCCUGCAGACCAAGGACGGAACGGCGGUGGAAGGGGCCACAAUCUUCGCCCCGCCGGUGUCCACCAUGUAUGAUGGAGAGGCGGUCCGCAAGCGCUUUGUGGACCGGGCCAAGCGCAUCGACACGAUAUCCCGCGCAGUCUUCCCUCUGAGCUUCCUCUUCUUCAACAUUUUCUACUGGAUUACCUACAAAGUGCUGCGACAUGAGGACAUCCACGCAAAUUUGUAA